AUGGCGCCCAGCUCGGGGCACAACUCCGAUCCACCUAAUGGUGCAUUGUCGAAUGACCGCCGUUUCCAUGUCGCGAACGCAAAGUCUGCCGCCGCAGCCUCGAGGCACGAGCGAACACCCAAUACACCCAGGAAGGAGAGCAGUGGGCGAGAGAAGGCGCUGCAGGACCCGGGUCUGAAGGACUACCGUCUAGGAGAGUGUCUGGGCAAGGGCGCAUUCGGCUCCGUCUAUAAGGCCAUCCAUUGGGGCACCGGCGAGGCGGUCGCUGUGAAGCAGAUCAAGCUGGGCAACCUGCCAAAGAGCGAGCUACGGAUGAUAGAGGCAGAAAUCGAUCUGCUGAAGAACUUGAAUCAUGACAAUAUUGUCAAGUACAUUGGUUUUGUCAAAUCAAUCGACUGUCUCAACAUCAUACUUGAAUACUGUGAAAACGGCUCUUUACAUUCUGUAUGCAAGGCAUAUGGCAAGUUUCCUGAGAAUCUCGUUGGUGUCUACAUGACACAGGUUCUGCAAGGGCUUCAGUAUCUCCAUGAUCAGGGUGUCAUUCAUCGAGACAUCAAAGGAGCGAACAUCUUGACAACCAAGGAUGGUAAAGUAAAACUGGCAGAUUUUGGUGUGUCAACCAGCACACUUGCUGGCCCUGACAAAGAGGCUCAAGUGGUCGGCACUCCUUAUUGGAUGGCCCCUGAGAUCAUCGAACUCUCUGGAGCGAGCCCGGCUUCCGAUAUAUGGAGUUUGGGCUGUACUGUGAUUGAGUUGCUGCAAGGCAGACCUCCAUAUCAUCACCUGCAAGCCAUGCCUGCUCUCUUCGCCAUUGUCAAUGAUGACCAUCCCCCGCUGCCCGAGGGAGUUUCUUCGGCUGCGCGCGAUUUUCUUAUCCAAUGCUUCCAGAAAGAUCCCAACUUGCGGGUAUCGGCAAAGAAACUGUUGAAACACAAUUGGAUAGUAGGCUGUAGAAGGAGCGAUGCCCCUGUAUCAAAGGUACCGGCAGAUUACAGCCAAGCCGUUGAGGAGGUCAAGCAGUGGAACAAGGCUCUCACAUCCUCCGACAGCAAUCUUCGAGCGUCUACAGGUUCAGACUCUGGCGGCCCUCCGCAACAAGCUCACCAGAUGUCACGACUCACUUCGCAGGAAUCAUCAAGGUCUAAUAUGCCCACUCCAGCAAAGCUUCCGUUCUCAUUGGCGAAGACGAGGCCCUCAGCAGAAGACUUUCGCUCUCCCGAGCUUGCUGAUGAUGAUAACUGGGACGAUGACUUUGCCACAGCCAUCUCACCUAGUGCCUUACAACUGCCGCAUAUCAAGCCACAAGAUCACUUUGGUGGCAUGCUUUCGUCUGAACGCCUCAAAGCUUUCGCGUCUAUAGAUCAUUCGCGUGAUGUCUCUGGUGGCUGGGAUCAGGAUCUUGGCGGCGAGCCGAUUACAGUGAAGAAACUGGUGCCGGUGGUGGAUGAGGAUCCCCAAGAGAAGACCAUACGGCCCAAUUGGAGCAUGUUCGCAAAACCCGAGAAGGCUCCGGAAACGACGGCUCAGACAUCGAAGUCCUCGCCUCGUAAGGGUUCAGGCAGCAGUCACCGCCGUCAGAAAUCCCGUGCGAAGGUCAAUAACGGCAACAGAUUCGAGUUGCCAGCCCGGCCUGAUUUGGGUUACAGAGAGCAAACGAUAGAGGACUACUCGGAUCUCUUCGAUGACAACGACAACGACAGUGUCUUCAGCCAGAAACUGGGUUUGAUAAAGAAGCCUGAUGCUCCUCAACUAUUUCACCCCUCAGAUCUCACAUCUCUUCCGCGUUUCACGCAAUCACCUGAGACAGGCAGCACCCGGCGGAAACCGACCUCGCGGCCUUCAGUACUUCCUAGUCGCCCAAUGGUAAGAACGAAAUCAUCGAUUGAGAUUCAAAGGUUCGCCGAAGGGGAAGAUGACGAGGACUUCUCUGACGUCUUUGGCCCUGGUGAACAAUUCACCGAUCAAGACGAGAGUGAUCGGGGAUCUGAGAACGGCAACCUUAUGAUACUAUCACGCCUGUCUAACAACUCCUGGCUUGGUGACGACGAAGACGAGGAAGACCCUUUUGCUUCUAUGGACCCAGGUUGGGACGAAAUGGAUCUGGAGGCAAACAUUGCACGCGACAGACAUGCCAGACUUGCUGAGAAGGUCGAGGCGCUAGUCCGUUCCCUUAAAACUACCGAAGGUGAAGAGAAGCUCAUGGAGCUUUCUGAAGACCUACUUGCCUUGCUCUGGGAGAGCAGCGAAGUCAAGGAUCUCAUCAUCAGCGCACACGGGUUACUCCCUAUCCUUGAAAUACUGGAGCCGUGUACCGUAAAGAGCAGGCAGCACAUGAUACUGCAGUUUCUCAAGGUCGUCAAUACGAUCAUCUUGGACGAUGUGGAGCUCCAAGAGAACCUGUGCUUCGUGGGUGGUAUUCCGAUCAUCACCAAGUUCGCAGCACGCCAGUACUCGAACGAGAUCCGACUAGAAGCGGCUGCUUUUGUGAGACAGAUGUACCAGACAUCCACUCUGACUCUCCAGAUGUUUGUCAGUGCCGGUGGUCUAAACGUGCUUGUCGAGUUCUUGGAUGAGGACUACGACAGCGCGAGAGAUCUAGUGCUCAUUGGCGUCAACGGCAUCUGGAAUGUCUUUGAGCUCCAGGGCCCUACUCCCAAGAACGACUUCUGCCGAAUAUUCUCGAGAAGCAAGAUUCUUGACCCACUUGCUCUAGUGCUACAUCGAGUACUGGACGAAGAUGUUGAGACCGAGCUGGCAGAGUUGAUCGAGGGUCGCAUUGUCAACAUAUUCUACCUCUUUUCGCAGGCUGAAAACUACGUCAAGGAGAUGGUGGCGGAUCGGCAAGUGUUGAAGAGCGUUCUGAAGGACCUUCGGCGCAUGACACCCGCACAUCAGAUCACGAUGCUCAAAUUCAUCAAGAACCUAUCAAUGCUGACAACGACACUCGACGUGCUUCAUUCUGCCGAUGCGAUUGACCUACUGAUCGAUCUGCUUGGCAGUAGCAUGAAGAGAGGACAUCCCCACUUCCGCGAGAUCUGCAAUCAAGUGCUCAACACAAUGUUCAACUUAUGUCGACUCAGCAAGGAUCGCCAGGAGUACGCUGCUGUCAAUGGAAUCAUUCCUCUUCUUCUCAAGAUCAUGAAGACCGAUCGUCCACCGAAGGAGUUUGCACUUCCCAUUCUUUGCGACAUGGCCCACUCGGGAAGCAAAGGGCGCAGGUUCUUGUGGCAGAAUAAGGGCUUGGACUUUUACGUCUCCCUUCUUGCGGAUCAGUAUUGGCAGGUCACCGCACUUGAUGCUAUCUUUGUUUGGUUGCAGGAAGAGACCGCCAAGGUAGAGGGCCACCUGUUGAAUGGCAAAUUCACGGAAGCAAUCAGGUCGUGCUUCAAUAACCAAAAGAUCAAUGCUUUCGACCCCAAUCUACUCGAGCCCCUGCUCAAACUCCUGCGUCUCUCGCCAUCUCUGGCAGCGUCUUUGGCCAAGUCAGACAUGUAUGGUGGUGUGGCUCAAAAGCUGACACAUAAGAAAGCUGUCGUGCGGCUCAACCUCCUCCGUCUUGUGCGAAUCAUACUUGAAUCGCGGGAGAACGACUACUUUAGUAGCCCUAUGAAUCGGCAGCUUCGGCAGCUACAGGACUCUAUUCGAACCCUUGCAGAGAAGGAUACCGCAGUGCUUGUACGGAAUCUAGCGUCCGACCUUGUCGUCUCGCAUAUCGACGGCAACACGGACCAGCUUGGACCGCCCAUGCCCCUUCAAUCUGGGUCGACAGCGGGCACCGGUCGUAGCCGGUCCAAUCCGAGACAGAUAUACACCCCGCCUUCACAUCAGUCUACACCCUCUAUGCCUCAGACACCAACGCAUGCUUCGCGUCCAUUUCAGUCGGCCGCAUACAUGGAGAUUGCUUCCAGCCCGAAGCGCUCGGCCAUAUCGCUGGCGCACGAGCGUGAUGCUGCUAUCAAUCGUCCCAGAAGCCGAGACGGGUCUUCGGGAGUUCCCUACAGCUCGAUUCCACGUCGAGUGAGUGGUGAUGCUGCUAGCAGCUCUGGUGGAGGCAAGCACCGCUUGUCAAGAAACUCGCCCUUGUAUUCACGCCCGAGCCUAAGUGGGUUGGCGGCUUCGCGCAGCGAGAGCGUAUCUUCGAAUAAGGAGAAUCUCACGAAUACUACGGCUGAUUCUCCACGAUACCCGACGAGACAACCACCGCCUGGUUUUAGUAGUAGUUCGGGGCCAAGCUCGUCGUCUUAUCCGGCGAAGCAGAGACGAAGCAGAGCACCCAGUGACGGGAAGAAUAAAUGGAGCGCGUAG